AUGGACAUGCAGGUUCCAUUAGGAGUGAGAAAGGGUGCUUGGACUGAGGAAGAAGACUUUCUUCUGAAGAAGUGCGUUGAGAAACAUGGAGAGGGGAGCUGGCACCAAGUCCCCCACAAAGAAAAUCUAUAUGCCAUUUUCCAGUUUCAUAUUCAUCUCAUUAAUUGGUUCUUCUCUUUAAACAGAUGGUCGCUAAUUGCAGGUAGACUUCCGGGAAGAACAUCGAAUGAUGUUAAGAAUUACUGGAAUACCCAUUUGCACAAGAAACCGAAUGAUCAAAUUCAGGAAGAUGUACAUAAAUCGAAAAUGAUCCAGAGUACGAUGGAAAAAACCAAAGUCAUACGCCCUCGACCUCGAACCUUCUCGAAGAAUCUACCUUGGCUAAUGGGUAAAACUGUCAUUACGGAUAAAACUGAUCAGACGAAAGAGAAUUUCUCCGAGCCAAUUCAAACUCCUUCACAACGAGAUGAUAACGGAAUAUUGUGGUGGGAUAACAUGUUGUCUGAUCCUAAUAUUAACAGAGGAAUGAUAACAUGGACCAAUGAAGAAGUGAUUACGGAGGGUGGGGGCGAAUAGGAAAAAUCAGGUAUGUAAGGAGCUGGUAGGGAUCCUUUCAGAUGCGUUCAAGAAGAUCACAAUGGUUGGAGUGACUUUUUUAUGGACAAUAUGGACCUUUGGGAUAUUGGGUGAUGAUCUCAAGUAGUACCAUGACGCUUUAUUUUUCUCUGAAAUAGUUAGUAUUGAUUGAGUUUCGUCUUUUAUGAUUUUAGUAUUUGUUUUUAUCGAUCGAAUUACGAGAGACUUAAUAAAAUAGAGGAGACGAUACUCCCUCCAUUCCUUUUU